AUGGUCGAGAUAUCCCUGUUUGGGGGCCAGAUCACCAGCUUCCGCCAGGCUUCCGGGGACGAGGUGCUAUACAUCCGCCCCGACGCUGUGUUUGACCGCUCCAAGCCAAUCGCGGGGGGCAUCCCCCUCUGCUUCCCCCAGUUUGGCCCCGGCGCCAUCCAGCAGCACGGCUUUGCUCGCAACGUAGACUGGAGCGUGAGCGACAGCUCCGCCGACCCCAACCCCGAUGACCGCGAGCCAGAGGUCCAGCUGCUUUUGAGAGAUAACGAGUUCACACGCUCCAUCUGGCCGCAUGAGUUCCAGGCCGCCCUCACCGUCAACCUUCAUGGCGAGCGGCUGCGGCUGGACUUCCGGGUGAUCAACCCCUCCUCUGGGGGCACUUUUGACUUCACCGCGGCCCUGCACUCCUACAUCGAGGUGGUGGAUGUCGAGCGCAGCGCCGUUAAGUACCUGGACAAGGUGGUCAGCGCCACCUCUCCUCCAGAGUGCGAGGAGGAGGGUGAGGCGGUCUUGAUCCAGGGGCCAGUGGACCGCGUCUACCUAGACGCGGGCGAAUACGCCGAGCUGCACGUCGGCAACGGCGCCGCGGUGGCCCUGUCCAGCCACGGCUGGCGUGACGCCGUGGUCUGGAACCCCUGGACCGCCAUGCCCGACGCCUACCGCCGCUUUGUGUGCGUGGAGAACGCGGUGGCGGCCGUGCCCAUCCGCCUCGACCCGGGGUCCGGCUGGCGCGCCCGUCUGGAGCUGUACGUCAACGACCUGUGA